AUGGAACAAAUUUCAAAUUUAAGUAAACCAAAAUAUCUUUCUACGCUCAAGUUGUUUUUUAAAAAUCUGUCAAAUGAAUUUUCAUCUCAAGUUUUACGAGAUUCAUUGGUUCGUUUGGCAGAUCCCACUCCAUUUGAUCAUUAUUCAAGAAAAAGUAUGGCAAUAUUAGAAUUACAUUUACGAAUGUGGCAAAUUGUUUUAGAACGUAUAUGCUUUUUACUCAUGCGCCUUAGUAGAGAACUUCGUGAAAAUGUUUACUAUUCUUUGGCAGUGUUUGCAGAAAUUCACAGGAAAACAACCCGAGUAGUACAAGAAAGAGUUGAUAAUAAUUAUAGAUAUGAAUUUAACCAAUUCAAUCCACAAUGA